AUGUUCAUUGGCUCGGAGGUGCAGAACUCAGGUGCAUUCAAUGUUCUCUCCUACAAUGUUGCCGGACUUCCCGGAUUUAUCAAUAGCAACGGUGUCCACGGCAGUAAGACUACCAACACAGCAUCAAUUGGCUCAAGAUUCGCGGACUACAACUUCGAUGUUAUCCAAGUACAAGAGGACUUUGCAUACCACGCCACCCUAUACGACUUCGACGAGUCACAUCCAUACCGGACACAGACUUCGGGGAACAUCCCCUUCGGCUCAGGUCUCAACACUUUGUCCAACUUCAACUUCACCGACUUCCAACGGAUAAAGUGGGCGCAUUGCUACAUUGGCGACGGCGAUUGCUUAACGCCCAAAGGAUUCACGUAUAUGCGAAUGACCAUCUCCGACGGAGUGACCGCCGACUUCUACAACCUUCAUGGCGAUGCCGGCGACGGUGCCAAGGAUGAAGCUGCCCGGAGAUCCAAUAUCCAACAGCUCGCGGACUUCAUCGACGAGCACUCCGCCGGUCAAGCCGUCCUGGUGUUCGGCGAUACCAACACCCGAUACACUCGAGUCAACGACAACAUCCGUCUUCUCGGCACCCAAAGCGGUCUAACCGACGCCUGGGUUGAGCUGGAGCACAACGGAAUCGCUCCAGCGCAGGGCAGUGCCCCGCUCGAAUGCGCCACGCCUGCACAGAGCAACUCCUGCGAGGUUGUCGACAAAGUCCUCUACCGGAGCGGCGACAACGUCAAGCUCGCUGCUACGAGCUAUCGCUAUGUCCCGGACAUGUUUGUCUCGGAGGCAGGUACUCUACUGAGCGAUCACAACCCCUUGCUUGUUGACUUCAGUUGGACGCUAUGA